GCAAAUUCCUCAUUUAUUAUGGUUUCAUCGCCCAGGAUCAUAUUUUAAUGAACUAGUAAAUGUGACUAUCAGACACUGGUUUCUUCUCAACAUGUCACUUGCGGAGGGAGGAGAACUACUUUCCAUUCUGUGGCCGUUGCAACAGAAAAAAAUUAAAGAAUGAUGAUUUAACUUAGUGAACGGACUUCUGCGGUCGAAAUCACCGCCGAUUCUGUGUAAGCGUUUAGAAAAAAAAAGAAGAUUUGAAUUCUGCUAGUCUCACUAAUAAGAGUCUUUCGUUUCCUAUGGCAACGUCCAAACAGCAUUUCACAGUUCACUUAGUGCCGUGCGCAAAUCAGAAAAGAAGGUCGAAGGUAUGUGAGCGGUUUAGUUUCUUCCUUUCUUUCUGUGACUGUGAGCGUCCUCUACAGACUAUACUACACCAUUCCAGCUUCAUUAACGUGGAUAACGAGCGAUUGGAAUCAAGGAAAAGUUAGCUGACAAGGGUCCGAUCACCAGGCAACAGCAAUGGCUGGCUGGAAUCUGAACUACAAGAAAAUACUGUUGAGAGCAACGGUGUUCGGAGUUGUUUUGCUGGCAGUUGGGCAAUUUCUGUUUAUCCAGAAAAAUUCCCGAUCGAGUCUUUCUCUGCAGAACUGUCAGGAUAGUUUAAAUGAAAUCGCUAGAUUAAAGAGCGAAAAUGAGAAGGCUUGUCUGACUCAAAACAAAAUCGAGGUCCUUCUCCCUAACAAGCCCCCGCAGGAUCAAAAAAGGCCGCCUAUGCCUCUAUACCGGGACCUCUUCGUCCAAGACACCUGGCCAGGUGUGGAUAUAAGCGUCGGUCUGACGAUGGGAGGCCUGCCUCGGACAGUGUACUAUCUGUGGUGCGGUGAGAAGCAGUUCCUCUUUCGACACUACCUUGUUCUCCUCUCCUCCAUCAGGAUUCUUCGAGCCUCAAAGAUAAUCUUUCUACACGACCAUCUGCCGCAGAGCGACGGCAACCUCUACAACACCUGGUUUGACGAGUUCAAAUACUCCGUCCCCAAUUUCCAGCUUCUUCAGGUCUCUGGUACUUGUGGGAGAAAAGACUCACUGAAGGCUGUGUUGGAGCUCUUGCCGACAGAAGGAGGAAUUGUUCUGGGCGAAAAUGCCCUUAUUCCUCGUCUGCCUACAGGAAUAGAACACAUGCCGUUAUGGUUGGCCUUGUCUGGCGAGGACGUCAGUCGUGGAGUGCUGAUCGUGCAGCGUGGCUUCAACAACACAAAGUCACAUGACUACCUCAGUGACGUCAAGUCAGCCAAAUCCUCUUGCGUCACAGCGGAGCAGUACACGGUGCCUGUUGACGACAUUCAUUGCAUCAUAGUCGACAGUGACGUACAUCCCCGUGACGUGUGGCAAGGGCAGACGCCGUUCGCGGAGCUGGCUCGCUGGCUGUAUUACGGCAGGCGCUCCCCGAUACUUGCCCUUCCUGACCCCAGCCGACCCAUCCCGCGUAUCGCGCACUACGUGUGGCUGAAGGCUGACCCCGCAGCCGCUGACCGUGACCUGCCCUUCUCCAAGUUCCUGAGCAUGAUCAGCGCCCUCUACGUCGGGGGCUUUCAACACGUGUAUGUCCAUGGCAACGUGGAACCUGAAGGCGAAUGGUGGCGAUUGCUACGCUCUGAGAAUGUCACCUUCGUCAGAAUUGAAAGGCCGAGUUCCAUGUUCCAGAUGAACUUCCCUAUUCUUCCAGCCAACAGCGACCUCCUCAGAGCCAUCUUUCUUUUGAAUUACGGCGGUGCCUACAUGGACACUGACGCCGUGUGGACGAGUCGGGUGCCGGACUGGCUGCUACAGUACCCGGUCGUGGCCACGUUCGACUGGCCAGCCUAUAACUCCUGGCCUGACUCCUUCAACCUGGGUGUCAUCAUGGCCCGACCUCAGGCUCCCUGGUUACGUCAUUGGCUGAGCGCGUUUCGUCACUACCGGCAGUCACAUACAGCUUUCACGGCCAUCCAGUUGCCAUACCGGGUGUAUGAACACUACCCGACGAGAUGUACGUCUAUACCCGCUUACAGGUGAUAUGCUACAUCGACAUAUGCCACCCGACGUGGGAGAAAGACUUCCGACGUGGCAUGAACGACAGAAAACCGACGCUGCCGUUCAACGUCACAGAUGUACACGCCGUGCACGUGACCUAUCCAAAGCCCGCUAAGUCAUGGGAGACGCCUAAGAAAUUAAAGGAAGGGACUGACUUCACUGCGGAGGUCGGCCGCCAUGUCCUCAAGCAAUCUGGUAGGAUGGAUCUGUUAUCAUAAGACACUGAACCUUUUUUAUGCCGAAAUCCACCACAUCAUCCUGAAAGGAAGAAUGCAUGUGUGACCCUGACAGUUACUUUCUUUCUAGCGUUUGACGAAGUGGUGGGACGUCGGCUAAGUAACUGUCCUUGAACUGCUUCUCUAGAUGUGUACAUCAAUGUAAAUGUUUAAUCUGCGAAGAGAUGCUACUUUUAAAUAAUUGGGUUUUUUUUAAUAAUUUGAUUUGUUUUGUUUGUUUUAAACUUAAAAAUGAAAGAUUCAGUUUUAGUAUAUGUAUGUUUGCUAUGUGCACAUUAUGUCAGUACAAUUACAUUUACUCACGUUUUUAUAAAACCCUAUGUACUCAUUUUUUUGUAUCUGCUUCUAUUUUUUAAUUUUAACGAAACCGAAUAACAGAUCUGUUACAGCCUUUUAACACAAAAAUUAAAGAUUUGUCAGUGCUUUUCUAUAAAACUGUUAUUAUAACAAUAAACAAAUAUCUAGUUAAAAUCAUUUACCAACUCAUCCCAGGGAAGAUCACCAAGGAUGCUGAUCACCUCAGUAAAAAUAAUUCCCUACAAAUUAAACUCUUUAUAAACAUCACUCUUGGCGCACAGUAAUUAUCUGCAUUGUUCUCUCGUCGUCUUCAGUUGCACAGAAAGGUUUGUGUAGUUCAGUCAGUCACCGGCCACACACUGUCUUUCAAGUACACGAAGUCCAGUCAUUGGUCACGUGAACACAAUCCAACCAAUAGCACAGUCACACGGUCUCGUAUAAAACUCCGCAAUCACCUCACAGUUGACUUUCAUUGAAUGAAUAAAACUUUCUAUUCUUCUCAACUUUCUUUAAACGCGUUCCUCCAUCGGACAGCAGAAUCACAAUGUUAGUGUUGGUGUUUACUCAAAAAAAAAAUUUCAAAUGGUCGUC